AUGGCUGAGGAUCGCUCCCCACUCCCUUGGAGGCCGGAAACCGAGGGUCACUCCCACUCACUAGAGGCCGGAGGCCUGGGGCCGCUCCCGCCCACUUCCGCGGACGAGCGCCGCCCCUUCGACCCCAUUCCCUGCGGUCUGGACGUUCAGGCCCUCUCGGGCCCGCCCCAUCUCGGUCGGGGAGCGCGGGACCUCCGUGUCCACCCAGCGCCACCGUCCGCGGGUCCGCUUUGCGCAGGCGCGGCGCCCCCGCCCCUUAGACCCCAGCCCGGGCGUGGCGUGGUGCGCAGGCGCGAUGUCCCCCACUGCCGUCUCCCUUUGACCCGGGAGUGGUGCGCGGGUCCGGUUUCCCCCCAGCUCUACCCCGGUGUGGUGCGCAGGCGCAGUCUGCGCAGGGACUGGCAGGACUGCGCGGCGGCGACUACAGACGUUCCGGGGGUCCGGGGCCUGUGGCGGCUGCUGAGCGCUUGGCGCCUGGCGCUGGCCAACGCGUGGCCAACAGUGUUGCAAACAGGAACCCGAGGUUUUCACUUCACUGUUGGGAACAAGAGGGCAUCUGCUAAAGUUUCAGAUUCCAUUUCUGCUCAGUAUCCAGUAGUGGAUCAUGAAUUUGAUGCAGCGGUGGUAGGCACUGGAGGGGCAGGCUUGCGAGCUGCAUUUGGCCUUUCCGAGGCAGGGUUUAAUACAGCAUGUGUUACAAAGCUGUUACCUACCAGGUCACACACUGUUGCAGCGCAGGUUGGAAUCAAUGCUGCUCUGGGGAACAUGGAGGGGGACAACUGGAGGUGGCAUUUCUACGACACCGUGAAGGGCUCCGACUGGCUGGGGGACCAGGAUGCCAUCCACUACAUGACGGAGCAGGCCCCCACUGCCAUGGUCGAGCUAGAAAAUUAUGGCAUGCCGUUUAACAGAACUGAAGAUGGGAAGAUUUGUUAGCAUGCAUUUGGUGGACAGAGCCUCAGGUUCAGAAAGGGCGGGCAGGCCCAUCGGUGCUGCUGUGUGGCUGAUUGGACCAGCCACUGAAUAUUGCACACCUUAUAUGGGAGGUCUCUGUGAUGUGAUACCAGCUGUUUUGUGGAGUAUUUUGCCUUGGAUCUCCUGAUGGAGAAUGGGGAGUGCCGUGGUGUCAUUGCACUGUGCAUAGAGGACGGGUCCAUCCAUCGCAUGAGAGCAAAGAACACUGUUGUUGCCACAGGAGGCUGCGGGCGCACCUACUUCAGCUACACGUCUCCCCACACCAGCACCGGCGACGGCACGGCCAUGAUCACCAGGGCAGGCCUUCCUUGCCAGGACCUCGAGUUUGUUCAGUUCCACCCCACAGGCACAUAUGGUGCUGGUCGUCUCAUUACAGAACGAUGUCGUGGAGAGGGAGGCAUUCUGAUUAACAGUCAAGGCGAAAGGUUUAUGGAGCAAUACGCCCCCGUCGCGAAGGACCUGGCGUCUAGAGUUGCGGUGUGUCGGUCGAUGACUCUGGAGAUCCGUGAAGGAAGAGGCUGUGGCCCUGAGAAAGAUCACGUCUACCUGCAGCUGCAUGACCUACCUCCAGAGCAGCCGGCCACGUGCCUGCCCGGCAUUUCAGAGACAGCCAUGAUCUUCGCUGGUGUGGACGUCAUGAAGGAGCCGAUCCCUGUCCUCCCCACCGUGCAUUAUAACGUGGACGGCAUUCCCACCAGCUACAAGGGGCAGAGUUGCAAAUCUUGGCUGUGUACAGUGGCUCACACGUGGUCCCAGCACUUUGGGAGGCCAAGGCUGGUGGCUCACCUGAGGUCAGGAGUUCGAGACCAGCCUGGCCAACAUGGUGAAACCCCAUCUCUACUGAAACUACAAAAAUUACCACCAGACCCCAAGUCAGGAGUCCCGCCAGGGGUGUGGGGAGGCAGUGCUGCCUGGUUGGCUGUGGAGCCGUAUGGAACAUGGUGCCUCACAGGCAGUUGGCUUGGAGUCCUGGACCCUGGCUGUAUCCCGCUGGAAAGGAUGUGUGUGGGUCUAAGAUAUUCAAUGCAAAAUCAUGCUGCCGUGUUCCGUGUGGGAAGCGUGUUGCAAGAAGGUUGUGGGAAAAUCAGCAAGCUCUACGGAGACCUGAAGCACCUGAAGACGUUUGACCGGGGAAUGGUCUGGAACACAGACCUGGUGGAGACCCUGGAGCUGCAGAACCUGAUGCUGUGUGCGCUGCAGACCAUCAAUGGAGCAGAGGCGUGGAAGGAGUCACGGGGCGCGCACGCCGGGGAAGAAUACAAGGUGUGGAUUAAUGAGUUCGAUCACUCCAAGCCCAUCCAGGGGCAACAGAAGAAGCCCUUUGAGGAGCACUGGAGGAAGCACACCCUGUCCUAUGUGGACGUCAGCACUGGGAAGGUCACCCUGGAAUAUAGACCCGUAAUCGACAAAACUUUGAAUGAGGCUGACUGUGCCACCGUCCCCCCGGCCAUUCGCUCCUACUGAUGAGACAAGAUGCGGUGAUGACAGAAUCAGCUUUUCUAAUUAUGUAUAAUAGCUCAUGGAUGUGUCCAUGUCAUAACUGUCUUUAUACACUUCUGCACUCCGGGGAAGGAGGAGUACAUUGAGGGGAGAUUGACACCCAGUGGCCGGGAGCUUGCCAGGAACCCAGUGGCCAGGGAGCGUGGCACUUAGCUUUGUCCCUUGCUUCAUUCUUGUGACACGAUAAAACUGGGCACAGCUCUUAAAUAAAAUAGAAACAAACAAA